GUCCCGGGGACCGGGCCGCCCGCGACCGGGGAGGAGCCGCCGCCGCCGGCUGGGCACCAUGAAUAGCAGCAGCGCCAGCAUCACCUACGCCAGUCGCAAGCGGCGGAAGCCGGUGCAGAAAACCAUAAAGCCAGUCCCAGCUGAAGGAAUCAAGUCAAAUCCUUCUAAGCGACAUAGAGACCGACUUAAUACAGAAUUGGACCGUCUGGCUAGCCUGCUGCCUUUUCCACAAGAUGUUAUUAAUAAGCUGGACAAACUUUCAGUUCUCAGGCUCAGUGUCAGUUACCUCAGAGCCAAGAGCUUCUUUGAUGUUGCAUUAAAAUCCUCCCCUGCUGACAGAAAUGGAAGCCAGGAUAAUUGUAGAACAAAAUUCGCUGAAAGCCUGAACUUGCAAGAAGGAGAAUUCUUAUUACAGGCUCUGAAUGGCUUUGUAUUGGUUGUCACUACAGAUGCUUUGGUCUUUUAUGCUUCUCCUACUAUUCAAGAUUACCUAGGGUUUCAGCAGUCUGAUGUCAUACAUCAGAGUGUGUAUGAACUUAUUCAUACUGAAGAUCGAGCUGAAUUUCAGCGUCAGCUACACUGGACAUUAAACCCUCCACAGUGUACAGACUCUGGACAAAGAAUCGAUGAACCUCAUCGCCUCCCACAGCCAGGAGUCUAUUAUAACCCAGACCAGCUUCCUCCAGAAAACAUUUCUAUUAUGGAGAGAUGCUUCACAUGCAGACUAAGAUGUCUACUGGAUAAUUCAUCUGGUUUUCUAGCAAUGAAUUUCCAAGGGAAGUUAAAGUAUCUUCAUGGACAGAACAAGAAAGGGAAAGAUGGAUCAAUACUUACGCCUCAGUUGGCUUUGUUUGUAAUAGCUACCCCACUACAACCACCAUCCAUACUUGAAAUCCGAACCAAAAAUUUCAUCUUUAGAACCAAACACAAACUAGAUUUUACACCUACUAAUUGUGAUGCCAAAGGAAGAAUUGUUUUAGGAUAUACUGAAGCAGAGCUGUGCACAAGAGGAUCAGGAUAUCAGUUUCUUCAUGCUGCUGAUAUGUUUUAUUGUGCUGAGUACCAUAUCCGGAUGAUGAAGACUGGAGAAAGUGGCAUGAUAGUUUUCAGGCUUCUGACAAAAAACAAUCGAUGGGCAUGGAUCCAGUCUAAUGCACGCUUAGUUUAUAAAAAUGGAAGACCAGAUUAUAUCAUUGCAACUCAGAGACCUCUAACAGAUGAAGAAGGAGCAGAGCAUUUACGAAAACGAAAUACGAAGUUGCCUUUUAUGUUUACCACUGGAGAAGCUGUGUUGUAUGAGAUAACCAGCCCUUUUCCUUCCAUAAUGGAUCCCUUACCAAUAAGGACUAAAAAUAGCACAAGUGGAAAAGACUCUGAUACCAAAUCAACUCUAAAUAAGGAUUCUCUCAAUCCCAGUUCCCUUUUAGGUGCCCUAAUGCAACAAGAUGAGGCUAUAUAUCUCUAUCCUGCUUCAAGUACUGUCCCUUUGGAAAGGAAUUUUUUUAAGGAAUCUAUGAAUGAAUGCAGUAAUUGGCAAGACAAUAUUGCACCAAUGGGAAGUGAUAAUAUCUUGAAACAUGAGCAAAUUGAUCAGUCUCAGGAAAUGAACCCAACACUCUCUGGAGGUCACACAGGGUUCUUUCCAGAUAGUAAAAAUAGUGACUUAUACAGCAUUAUGAAAAAUCUAGGCCUUGAUUUUGAAGAUAUUAAACACAUGCAGAAUGAGAAAUUUUUCAGAAAUGAGUUUUCUGGUGAGGUCGACUUUAGAGACAUUGAUAUAGCAGACGAAAUCCUGACAUAUGUCCAAGAUUCUUUAAAUAAGUCUGCCUUCAUGUGUUCAUCUUACCAGCAGCAACAGCCCAUGGCUCUGAACUCAAGCUGUAUGGUACAGGAACACCUACAGUUAGACCAACAGCAGCAGCUGCAGCACCACCGAAACCAAGUUGUAGUGGAGCCACAGCAACAACUGUGUCAGAAAAUGAAGCUUAUGCAAGUCAAUGGCAUGUUUGCAAACUGGAACUCUAACCAAUCCGUGCCUUUUGGCUUUCCUCAGCAAGAUCUACAACAGUAUAAUAUCUUUUCAGACUUACAUGGGACCAGCCAAGAGAUUCCAUACAGAUCUGAGAUUGAUACUAUGCCUUACACACAGAACUUUAUUCCCUGUAAUCAGUCUGUGUUACCACAGCAUUCCAAGUGUACUCAGUUGGACUUUCCUAUAGGGAAUUUUGAACCAUCCCCAUACCCUACUACUUCUUCUAAUUUAGAAGAUUUUGUCACUUGUUUACAAGUUCCUGAAAACCAAAAGCAUGGAAUAAAUCCACAGUCAGCCAUGGUAACUCCUCAGACAUGUUAUGCUGGGGCCGUGUCAAUGUAUCAUUGCCAGCCAGAACCUCAGCACACGCAUGUGGAUCAGAUGCAGUAUGAUCCAGCCAUGCCAGGCCCACAGGCAUUUUUAAACAAGUUCCAGGAUGGAGGAGUUUUAAAUGAAACAUAUCCAGCUGAAUUAAAUAACAUAAAUAAAACUCAGACUACCACACAUCUUCAGCCACUUCAUCAUCCGUCAGAAACCAGACCUUUCCCUGAUUUCACAUCCAGUGGAUUCCUUUAAUUCCAAAUCCAAUUUUCACCUUGGUUUUGGAUUAGAUUAGUUUGUGAAGGAUUACAGAAAAUAAAACUGUCAGUGUUUGAUCUCAGCAAAUUCACACGGAGGCAGUGAUGCAUGUUUUUUGCAUUGUUAUUCCAAACCAAAUUUUAACUUCUGUUUUUUUAAAAGGAGUUUAAAAAAUAUCAAAAUUACAUAAAUUGCUUAUACUAAAGUCAUUAAAAUAGAAAGUGUACUGCCACAGAGUAGUGAGAUAACAGCUACAUUUCACAUUAUUUUGAGCACACAAAAUAUGCAAGACUUAUUCAGAAGAACUUUAAUAAGACUCUUUUAAAUUAAAAAAUGUUCUCUGUUGGAAUUAUGAAAUACUUGAGUUUUGAACUUCUGGAUUCUUAUUAAUCCAUCAAAUACAAAGUUACGAAACUAGACUAUUUCUAUAUAGUUUAGACUCUGCUUUUAUCUUGGAUGUUAAAAUAAAUGGUUUGGUGCUUUUCUAAAAAAAUUAUCUCAGUGCUUUCCUCCUUCACUGUUAAUCUAAGUGCCUCACAUUUUCCUCUAAAACACUGUAGGAUGUAUAUUUUGUAUAAAAUAUUCUUUUUCUUUUUUAAAUUAAUGACAUUCUGUGCACAAAUAUUUCCUAAAUUCAAUCAUUUUUAUUCAGGCAUGUUUUAACUGCACUACUCACCUACUUUUUUCAGGUAAAGGGCAAAUAAUGAUUGAAAAGAUAAUUAUUUAUUACAUAAUCUGUUUGCUUCUAGACUUUAAAUGUUGCUGUGUGCCUUAAGUUGAAAAACUUAAAAGCAAAAUGUCUUUCCAAAUUACUCCUUAAUUCUUAUGUAAAUAUUAAGACAGUAGCACUUACAUUUAACAGUGUUUUCAGAAGAAAAAGUUACACCACUGUUUACGUUUAUUGCAAUCUCCACCAUGAUUGUUGAAUGUCGCAGUGUGGAAAAUCUGCUGUUAAAUGCAACUAUGUUCAUUAAACUGCAUUGAAAAGAAGCAACUUUUCUAGCUUUUUAAUUAAAUUAAGCAAAGCACCCAUUUCAAUGUGUAUAAAUUGUCUUUGAAAACUUUUAGGUCUAUAAUCCUUUAUGAUAUGUUAUGUGGACUUUAUAAAUUUCACUUCUUAGAACAGUGGAAAUUAUUUGUUUUUCUCAUAUUUGGGAGUGUUAAGAUUGAAGAUAGCAAUGUUUUGUGAAAAGCAUUGUAAAGAGUGAAAUGAAUGGUUGAUUAUAUAGAUAUAAAUGAACAAAAUUAUUUGUAAAA